AUGAGGGCUAAUCCUCAUGAAGAAUCGAACUCCGUACCAGCCACAACAGCGGCUAAUCUGUCAUUAACAACAAUAAGCAAGUAUAGGAUGAAACAUUAUACCGCGUAUAAACCAUUUAUUGACUCAUCAUUUGAAUUGAAGCUAUUAGCGUUUGGCGUUACAAAAGCAUGGUUUGAGAAUGCUAUGAACAGAUCAAAACUAAAAUUUAGCGAAAAACACGUCCACGUACCUUUGUUGGCUGGUUUUUUUGCAACACAUUUAUCAUUUCCAACAAGACCGAUUCAUAAAGUCACAUUUUGUACUCCAAUAAAUGAUGAUCCAAG